AUGGCCUUCUUGAUUGUCAUAGUUUUCCACUUCUCCGUGUCUGAACUCUAUUUUGAGGUUAUGUCACAAACAUCUAUUCGCAUCAAAUUGUGCUUGCUUUUGAGUUAUAUCAUGUAUUAUCAGCCUGAAAUUUCGUACAAUUUAAAAAGAAAACGUAUCUUCACAAUAGGAGAGCGCUGACGCUGACACGGAACAAGUAUAAUCUAGAAAUUUUUGAAGGAGAGAAAGGAGUAUGACAAUCAAGGAGGCCAUAAACGCCCCCUACAAUUGUAGGGACGACUGACGAUACGAGCCUUAGUGCUUAGCUACCUGUGGUGUAAACAGGACCAUUUGUUGAUAAGGAAUCGACUACUGAGUUAA